AUCGCCUGCCAUUAUUUUUUGUAAUGUUCGAUUGAAGUUUUGUGCAAAAAUUUCGACCAUCUCGACCAUUUUGACGUUUCAUUUGUUUUGUGAACACAGGAACGAUUGCUGCCUAAGCAGCAGCGAAGCUAACCCAAGCUUACCACACCACUGAUAAAAUGUCACGUUUACGCUGGCUGACUGAUCACUGACCAACGCGAAGCGUACCGUACGUCGCCGCCGUGUGAGUGUGUAACAAAACGGUGUGGAGUCCGUUGAAGUUAUCAUCGGAUAGACGGAAUUCAUUGCUAUUGGAACAAAAAAUACUUGCCAGUUUCAACGUCUCUUUUUUUUCAGAAUCGUUAGAGGAACAAAAUUGAGAACAUGGCAGCACCGUUGCCAGCCAUCCACAAUACAAGAGGGCAUUCCCCCGCCAUUCAUGAUCAAGCCAUCGCACAACACAGAGUCCCUAGCCCUCCUAAUAAAUACAGGCCCCCUGAUCAAUACCUCAAACCACAAAUGAAAGUAUCAGGUAGGAGGGAGCGUGAACACAUGAUGAAACAGCACCUAUUAAAGAACAAACAACCAAGCCUCACUAAGAUGGACACUCACAGGUAUCGCAACACAUUUUUCCAUAAUCUUUGCUUGGAAAUGUUGAAAGAUGGCUUUCACCGCUCCUUCUCUGAGGUCUUUGCCUUGGUCCAACAACAGAAGGCUGAGAUUGAUGCCGCUGGGCCUGACUCUCUCUUACAAGACAGGAACCUCUUAGCACAACAGGAAUCCAAGCUGGAGGUGAUGAGGAAACGGCUUACAGAGGCAGAGCUUGCUCUAAGAAUAGAUGACAUCGAUGGAGUGUUUGCGUCAAGGAAUGGUAUUGCAGAGUAUUUUCUUGGGACUGGAGACUUAUGGCUGUCUGAUCACUUCUUCAUCUCAUGCUUAGAGAUGGCUCAGAAGAUUAAAGGUGAUGGAAGGAAAAAGGAAGGAGAGGCUCACUGCAACAUGGGAAGAGCUUAUGAAAGGAGGAAAGAGAACAGUGAAGCAGCAGAACACUUUGAAGCUUUUUAUGAGCUUGCUUCUAAGAAUCCAGCCUGGGUAAAUGGCGAAGGUCAGAGUUUACACUCAGAAGCCUGUGAGCACCUAAGACGCUUAUAUACAACCAUUGCUGAGAUGUACCAAGCAGGAGAGGAGAAGGACCCACAAGAAGCCAUCUCAAAUCUACUCAAAGCAUUUGAGAAGGCCAAAGAGAGUGGGCAUCACCAGAAGGAGGGUGAAGCAAGCUAUAGGUUAGGUCUAGCCUAUGAAGACAUCGGAGACUCUGAAACAGCACUCAUGUACCAUACAGGAUUCAUGGAUAUCUGCAAAAAGUUUGGUGACCAGGAUGGCAUGGGCAAAGCUUGUGAAGCCAUCGCUAAAUCAUAUGAAAAGCAAGGCAAGCUGGAUGAGGCAGUAAGGUACCUGGAGAUGUUUGAAGAUAUUGCAGAGAAAAGUAAACAACUAUCAGCCCAUGGCAAGGCAUGUAGUUGCCUUGGAGCUGUGUAUAACUCCCUGGGCAAGUACAAAAAGGCCUCACAGUACUUUGGUAAUGCGUUCAACAUUGCACGCAGCAUGGACAAUCCUGCCUUCUUUGAGACCAUGCGAGCAGAGUUUGGCAUAGCCAAUGCACACCAGACCCUUGGUAGAUACAUGGGGCUGAUAGAGAAACCUAACAAAGAGAUGUUGCUGAAAGUCAUCGACUGGAAGGAUGUUAGGAAUGAACAGUUUGGAAAUGAAGAAGAGGAAGAGAGUCAGUGAUUGCUGUUCACAAUCAUUGUUCAACUUCAGUCGAAGUUUUGACAGCAUCAUCUUCACCUAGCAGUGUUCAAAUAAAAAUACAACAAGUCCUUUGUACAAGUAGAUAAGACUUUGGAUUUCUUUGAUAAUGAGAACAAUUUGAUUCAAGAACAAACAAUGAUAGUAGUAAAACCAACAACAAGUCGGAUAUAUACAGACACAACACAAGAGCCAUAAUAAUUUCUUGUUAAUAAAUGUAGGGUGUUUUUUCUCUAUUUUUUAAUUCUUUAGAAAUUAACCAGGAGCAUUGUAAAUGUACUUUAAUUUAUCAAAUAAUUUAGAACAAAAUUGUGCAUUCUCCUUUGAGUCAUUAAAACAAUCUUCAAACGCCAACAGUGGUAGCAAGUCAAAUAGGGAAGGAAUUAUAUGACAGUAGUAAAUGUAUUACCUCUACAUUACGUCUUAGUUGUUUAAGUCCUGGCACUGGACACUUGGUAAUUGUCAAAGACCAGUCUUCUCACUUGGUGUAUCCCAACAUAUGCAUAAAAUAACAA